CCCACGGUUUCCGGCGAGGUAAUUGACAGUGUUACUUUCACUUUCCCCGGGCGAACGCUGCGAGCCGAACGCAGGUUCAUCGAUUCGGAAUAAAACCAAAUUUCUUUUAACAACGUUCUGCGGAAAAGCCAGGACACGAAAUUGCAGCUCUUUGAUCACCAAAAUUUGCUGAGCAACGUGCGUGAGAAUCGGGACCAGUCAAUGACCAUGUCACUGUCCCAGCCAAAGGGGUGAAGUCUGGCCACACCCGGGAGAUUUUAAACUUCACAAAAAACCCAACCAGUUUUAAAGAAAAUCAGAUCAAUGAAGCGGUGGCAGUCACUGGCUAAGCACCUGGAAGCUCACCCAGCUUGAAGGGUCACCCAGCAUUUAACAACAGUAGCCUCUUCUGCAGAUCAAGUUACAGUGAAGAUGAAGGUUCUUUGCAUCUGUUCUAGCUCCACAGUGAGCGCCUCUCUGCCUGAUUUCAUCAUUUUCUUCAUUAUUUAUCACAUUCACAAGUUGGAAUCAGCCCAAUUCAGAGUGAUGGGUCCUGGUCACCCUGUCACUGCCAUUGUGGGUGAGAACAUUGUGUUACCCUGUCACCUGUCCCCCAGGAUGAGCGCUAAGAACAUGGAGGUGAGAUGGUUCCGAUCUGAGUUCACUUCAGUUGUUCACCAGUAUCAUGAAGGAAAGGAUCAGUAUGGAGAACAGAUGCCAGACUAUCAUGAAAGGACCGAGCUUUUGAAAGCUGGCAUCACGGAUGGGAAUGUUUCCUUGCAGAUUCUUAAUAUCAGCUGCUCAGAUGAAGGACAAUACAGCUGCUUUGUUCAAGAUGGUUCUUUUUAUGAAGAAGCCCUAUUGGAACUGAAGGUAGCAGAUUCCUUUUUCCCGAGGGUGAAUCCAUGGAUGGUGGCUCUGAGUGUGAUCCUGGUGGUUUUGUUUGUUUCCAUUGGCCUCACUGUUUAUCUAUUUAAAAUAAAAGGACAUGGGCCAGCCGCAGAUGCUCUUCAAAGAGAACUCGGUAAGUGUUUCUAUUUCUCAAAUGAAGCCUUGUCCAUGUUAUUGAAACUAUCCCUGGAUCCGUCACCCUCCUUGAUCCAUCACCCUUCUGGAUUUAUCACCCCUGGAUCUGUCACCCUUCUGCCGGGUGGAGUCGGCAGCAGCAAAGGCUGGGUUUACUAUCGGGGUUCCUCUGAACAAUCCAAAACAGAAACAACUUCAGCCUCCACCCAGUAAUCUGGGAAAACUUAGCACUGCCUCUGGGCCCCUCUAAGAGGCAAAACGUCCCACUCACCUGCACUGAGUCCAUGUGGAAGAAAAGAAAACUUUCAUUACAAGGGAAAGGGAACCCAGCAACAUUUUUGGGAAACACCACAGCCGCGAUUCCAAACCGUAAGCAAGCACCCACCCUACAGCGCCUUGGGCAGUGUCCUUUGCCUCAGUUUCCUAACUUGCUGUGUGAAAAUUUGAUAAAUGAAUGUCUUGUUAACGCACCUCUCCCUUCACUGCACCCCACUCCCAGUCAGUUGUGCUUAAUUAGCAAAGACCCAGCCUUCAGAGGUGCCCUCACAUGGGUUCACCUCCCGCACCUGAAAGGUGGGGGAGGGGACAUUGAGCAAUGCAUCUGCUUCUGCCUCUGCAACUCCGCCAGCACUUGCUGAUGCCUUUGCCACAGCUGCUGCUGCUCCCGGCUGCUGCUGCUCCUGCUGGUUUCUCUUCUGUUGCUCUCCAGUCACUAUGUCUGCUGCUAUCUCUGCCACCGCACAGCUCCACUGCUGUUACUUAUCACUGCUGCUAAUGACCACACACUGCCACGUCUGCAAUGCUGCAUUCUGAGGUUCCACCACCUACCCAGUGAGUUCAGCAGGCAGUGGGGAACCUGCCUAAUGAAAUCACCAUUAUUUUUCAUUGCCACAUUGUCCUUACACCAGAUCAAGGUUUGGAUCCUAGACCUGCUCAUCAGUUGUUUCAGUUCUAACAAUCACUCAACAGAAACAAGGACUCUCCAUUGAGUCAAGUCAGCUCUGGCUUUAAACACUGGAGAGAGGAGGGUAAAAUAGCAUUUGGACUUUUUAAGGAGAGUUUAUACCAUCAGGCAGGAACAUCUAUCCCUCCCUCUGCUUUGAUUUUCAGUGGGAUUUGGCAUUCCUAUGUCUGCUUAACAAGUGACUAAGUACAGUUCUGCUGCCCUUUACUCAUAGAAUGUGGAUACCAACAUUUCAUUACCCCUGCAUUCAAUGCUAAAGUGAAUUGUGAUCCAAAACCAGAUGAAAUUAAUCAUUUUGGCAAAAGCAACUCUGUUUGCAGAGCACCUAAGCAGGGUAGGUGUGUGUGCAAAAAUGGGCUGCCGCUGAAGUCUUUUUCCCAGUUCAUCAGUAGAGAGUUCAUUCACGCCCUGCUCAUCUAUUUUAUACUGCUUCUGAGCACUGUACUAUCUGAAGACCUUGACAGAAUUUCAGUAGAAAUAAGGUCCA